AUGUCUCCACCGUCUGGCGAAAGGAAAUCCAAUGAGCUACCGCCGAAUUUCUGCUUCACCACAGACGAUCCGUUCUAUUCCGGGCCGGCUACAUGCAACCUGCUGCACUACACUCCGGCAGCUUACAUGGCAGGCUUUAUUGAGAUGGCAAUGCUGGCUAGCGGAUCGAUUUGGUUUUGGCAACUGCACAGCGUCAAUCAGUCAAUGGACUCAUGGGCCGUACUCUGUAUGUUCGGCUUGACCGCUGGGGGACUGGUCACAACUCUACUUAUGGUACCUCUUGCAGAACUUUUCGUCUAG